UGGCCGGGGCGGGCCCGGGUGUGUGGAGUGAAAGCGAAAGCGCUGGCGGUUCGCGAGCCGUGGGGAGAAGGAGCUCGCCGGGCGGCAUGGCCAAGCCUAGUGGGGUGCGCUUGAGCGGGGAAGCCCGCAAACAGGUGGAUGUCUUCAGGCAAAGUCUUUUCCAGGAGGCUGAGGAAUUCCUCUCUGGAUUCUUGCCACAGAAAAUCGUGUAUCUGAAUCAGCUCUUGCAGGAGGAUUCCCUCAACGUGACUGACUUGACCUCUCUCCGGGCCCCCCUGGACAUACCCAUACCAGAUCCUCCUCCUAAGGAUGAUGAGAUGGAAACAGAUAAGCAGGAGAAGAAAGAAGUCCCUAAGUGCGGUUUUCUCCCUGGGAAUGAGAAGAUUCUGGCGCUCCUUGCUGUGGUUAAGCCUGAAGUCUGGACUCUGAAAGAGAAAUGCAUUCUGGUGAUCUCUUGGAUCCAGCAUCUGAUCCCCAAGAUUGAAGAUGGAAAUGACUUUGGAGUGGCAAUCCAGGAAAAGGUGCUGGAGAGGGUGAAUACCGUCAAAACCAAAGUGGAAGCCUUCCAAACAACCCUUUCCAAGUACUUCUCAGAACGUGGGGAUGCUGUGGCCAAGGCCUCUAAGGAGACCUAUGUAAUGGAUUAUCGGGCCUUGGUGCAUGAGCAGGAUGAGGCGAUCUAUGGAGCACUCAGGGCCAUGAUGCUGGACCUACGGACCUUUUAUGCUGAGCUUUAUCAUAUCAUCAGCUGCAACCUGGAGAAAAUCGUAAAUCCUAAAGGUGAAGAGAAGCCAUCUAUGUACUGAACCUAGCAUUAGAAGGGAAAUAAAUUACUUAUAUGUUGUUUAGAUUAA